AUGUUGAAGAUGAUGACCAAGGGAAAUGUAGUGGUGCUCAGGGGGGAUGGAAAUCGUCCAUAUGAGGACCAUAUUGGUAAAAAUGAUGUUGAAGGUAAAGUUGAUGUUAAUGAUCAUGCAUAUAAGGACCAUAUUGGUAAAAAUGAUGCCGAAGGUAAAGUUGAUGGUGCUGAAGGUGAUAUUAAUGAUCAUGCAUAUGAAUACCAUAUUGGUAAAAAUAAUGAUUUGUUGAAUGAGAAAGACGAUGGACAAGAUGAACAAGGAAAUGGAAGUGGGUGCAAUGAAGAAGAGGCCAUGAAUUUAAAUUAUGUUGUCGAAAAUGUUACUAAGAGUGUUGGUCUAAUUGAUAGCCAGGAAGGUUUAAAUUUAGUGAAUUCAGAAAAGAAGAAAAAAGAUGAAGUAAUUCAUCCAAGUUUAUUGAAAGGUUUUGCUGAAGUGUUAGUUGAAAUUUCUAAAGCAAAGAAGGAUGGAGAAGGUGUGGUAGAACGUGUAGGUGUUGAAGUUGAUUUGGAUUUAGGGAAAGCAAUAAAAGAUUGUUCAAAUAAAAAUAAAGAUGGAGAAGGGAAAGUUGAGAAGUUUUCUAGUCCAAGCUUUAGCCUUGGAUUUAGUCAAGAUUCUCAAGGUUCCAAGAAGGCAUCUCAAAGUCAAAGUUCUCCUGAACGGGUGACAAAGAAAAAGAUUAAGGAUAGAGUUUAUUUAGGAAAACCAAGUGUUGGGCCACAAUGUGUUGUUCCAAAUGUUGAUGUUAUUGAUGCUAGUCCAGUUUCUUUUGUACCCCCUUUGGAUACAUUAGAAGGACCAUCAAAACCAAUUUCUGACCAAGCUAGAGUGAUAAAUGAAAAAAGUCCAUCAAAAGCAAAGUCCGACAAAUCUAAAGAUAUAAAUAAGGAAGGAACAUCAGAAGUAGAUGUCAAAGGAAAGAGAUAA